CAGUGUUAUCCUCACAAACUCAAACCCAUAAAAACCCCCAUCUUUCGCUACUCUUUGAGAUAUAUUAAGUCACCAUCUUCCAUACUCAUCUCUCACCCGAGAUAGCCACAAUGUACCAAGAAGUCGUACUUCUCUUAACUCUACUAUGCGUUUCUUCCAGUGUCGUCAUAUCGGGCCCGAUCAGUGAUGGUUUAUUACCAAACGGUAAUUUCGAGAUGGGUCCUAAGCCAUCUCAACUGAAAGGAUCCGUUGUUAAGGGACGAACCGCCGUACCUAACUGGGAAAUAACCGGUUUCGUGGAGUACAUUAAAGCUGGUCAGAAACAAGACGACAUGGUCCUGGUCGUACCGGAAGGCUCCUCUGCUGUCAGACUAGGCAACGAGGCCUCUAUUUCCCAGAAAAUCUCUGUCCGAUCGGGCCGUCUGUACUCGGUUACGUUCAGCGCGGCUCGAACAUGCGCUCAGGACGAGCGGCUCAACAUUUCCGUCACUCAUGAGUCCGGUGUCAUUCCUAUCCAGACCAUGUACGGCAGCGAUGGUUGGGAUUCAUACUCGUGGGCUUUUAAAGCUGGUGGACCGGAAAUAGAGAUCAGGAUCCAUAACCCGGGUCGUGAGGAGCACCCGGCUUGUGGACCAUUGAUCGACGCGGUUGCUAUCAAGGCUUUGUUCCCUCCCAGGUUCUCCGGAAAUAAUUUGAUAAAGAACGGAAACUUCGAAGAAGGACCUUACGUGUUCGCCAAGGCAAAAUGGGGAGUACUGAUACCACCUUUCAUCGAGGACGAUAACAGUCCGUUGCCUGGUUGGAUGAUCGAGUCUCUUAAGGCCGUUAAGUACGUGGACAAGGCUCAUUUCUUCGUCCCUGAGGGACACCGAGCCAUAGAGCUAGUUGGAGGCAAAGAGAGUGCCGUUUCACAGAUCGUGAGGACGACGUCACUCAACAAAUUCUACGCCCUCAGUUUCAAGGUAGGAGACGCAAGAGACGCUUGCGAGGGACCAAUGGCAGUGGAGGCGUUCGCUGGAGGGAGGAAGAUCCUGGUGGAGUACGCGUCUAAGGGCAAAGGCGGGUUUAAACAAGGGAGGCUUGUGUUCAAGGCAGUGUCUGCGAGGACUCGUGUCACUUUUCUCAGCACGUUUUACCAUAUGAAGAACGAUCACUCUGGAUCGCUGUGUGGUCCGGUUAUAGAUGACGUCAGGCUAGUGGCGGUUAGGACACUUGGAGGAUGAGACCGGCCGGAUCAUGUUCUAAUUACCCCUUUUGGUUUAAAGUCAAAUGUACGGACGGGAUCAUAGCCUAGUAAAAUGGUUGAUUGUAAUGUAAUUUUGUUUCAAUAAUAAAUGUAAUUUUACGA